AUGAUGGCGACAACAAAUGUAACAGGAAGUGGAACACAGACGAAUACAUUUCAAAGAUUGCUAUGCUCCCCGUUGUGGGUAGGUGAGUCAAAACAACAGUCCCUUUCAUUCUUAACAAUCAACAUUUUCCUCUCCAUCACAGCAACUCUUGGGAAUUGUAUCAUUCUUGUUGCCCUUCACAAGGAAUCUUCCCUCCAUCCGCCAUCCAAACUCUUAUAUCGUUGUCUGGCAACAACUGAUCUGUUGGUUGGUCUUGUUACCCAGCCUCUCUAUGCUGCCUACUGGAUGUCCGUGGUUCACGAACACUGGAGUCUUUGUCGAUACGCAAGGGACGCAUCGUACAUAUCAAGCUAUGCGUUAUGUGGAGUGUCUUUGUUAACGAUGACGGCUAUAAGCGUGGACCGACUUCUCGCCAUGUUGUUGGGACUGAGAUACAGAGAGAUUGUAACUUUGAGGCGUACACAUAUCAUUUUAGCCAUCGUUUGGGUUGUAUGUGUAAUCGCUGGUUUAUUCACACAUCUCAGUUACCGCAUAAGCCUUUGGUGUAGCUUUAUAAUUACACCAUCUUGCUUAGUAAUCUCAAUCGCCUCGUACGCAAAGAUUUUCCGCGCUCUCAGUCAUCAUCAGGCUCAAAUACAAAAUCAUGUUCAACAACAGCCGAGCCAACCAAGUGCUCUGAACAUGGCGCAAUACAGAAAGGCAGUGCACAGUGCACUAUGGGUGCAGUUAGCUUUAGUUGUCUGUUAUAUUCCACAAUUUACAGUGGAAAUUAGGAUCUCUGUAGGUAAAAAUCGAUUUUCGAAUUUCAGUAUAAUCAAUGGAGUGGCAAAUGUCUUAGUGUUAUUUAACUCUACUUUGAACCCGUUCCUUUACUGCUGGAAUAUAAGUGAAGUGAGAAGAGCAGUAAAGCAGACAAUCCGACAAGCAAUCUGCUACGCAUAGCGGUAGACCUAUAGUUUAACACUGGCAUGUACUGCUUUUCUAUAACUUAUUUGGAAAUUGUGAUAUCUUUGAGUUAAAACCGAUUAUCGAAUUUCAUCAUAAUCAGGGGCAUGGCGAAUGUAUUAGUUUUCUUUAACUCGACUUAAAACCCGUUUCUUUACUGUUAAUUUUAAAAGCACCUUUAUUACCAAACUCGAAUAUUCAAGAAGAUUACGUGACUCUGUCACAGGCUGUGUACACACAGCUGGUCUUAUGAAAAAAUAUUUUCAUAUAAUGACAAUCAAGAGCGAAAAAUGCUAACACGCGCUCUUGAGUAUCUACCAUUGCUCCUAAUUAAAAUGGUUUGUAUGACAGCUCACUCGCUUGAAUUUCAUCUGAUGAUCAAAGAAUGAUUUAUGUCAUUAAAGUUCUGAAAACAUGAAUAAGUGUAAUUGAAGGAAUAGGUCUUAAGUUUAAAAACUAGUACGCUCUAACCUCUUUUGUGUGGUUUCCUUUAACGCUUCCCUGUCGUCCUCAGGACUGUUGCGAAUAUCAAGGAAUAAAUAACAGGUUGUGCGCAAAUUUUUUGAUGAGUAAAUAAUAUAAAAAAAAGAUAGGGUUGCCGUAAAUGUCACAAAUGAAGGUAUAUCUCAUAGAUAAAACAAGAAUCAAAUAAAUUUGGUCAGUGAUGUUUAAAAGUUCAGAAUUAUUUAUCAAUCGAAAUGAUUUCCGACCGCGAUUUCUGGCUAUCUUAGACUUAUGUUCUAAAAUACUUCAGAAGACUCUAAAAAUAUUUGUAUAUUUACUGUCUUGCUGAGUCAUGAGCUAAGCCAGGCAAACCAAGCUGAAACUGAUCUUUUAAUAGAAUAUGAUAAAGUGAUGUAGAAUGUCCCAGGCUGUUAAACAUUUCUCUUUAAGUGGAGCUCAUAUUUAGUUGCUGUUGUUAUCACUAUCCUUUUCCAAGCAUUCAUUUAGUAAAACGGGGCGAAAUGGUAUAAGGCACGAUACCCACAAUAGAGUGAUAAAACGGGGGAGUGUUGGGUCGGAUCGGGUUGGGUGAAAGCCGUUCUUUACCCGACUCGACCCAAGCCCCACUUUUUUUUUGCUCCGCCGUGACUAUCGCGCCGUUAACUGGGCACUUUGUUUUACUAGCUGAACGCCUCAAACAGGCUGUGUUAUCACUCAAUAAGCUGUCAAAAAAAAAGCUGUGAUGCAGAAUACAAGAGACUAAAACCUAGAAUGAGGAAUUGAGAGACAAAAUAAAUGCAAUCAUCUGUCGUAUACAUAACAACUUUAAUUUUUACUACGGUAAUGUUUUGCAAUCAAAUAAUUACUAACACAAAAAAUUUAAUUCAUCUUACUGAAUUUUUUAUUAAGCAAACAAUGUAAUUUUUAAAUUGGACUUUAUUUCUAAGUUUUCUUAAGCUGUUAACAAUUCAUGGCGUCUCAAGAUCACGUACAUUAAUUAUCCGGAUAAGGGAACAAUUCCUAUCCAAACAACACGUCAGCCGCUGAAUUGAUCAAGGCGUCGGCCGGCGGCAAUUUGUCGACUAUCGACCAACUAUCGGUCGAAUUUCGAUAUCCAUCACUGAAGGUUUACUUGAGUAAAGAAGUUUUUUUUUCUUAUGUUUUGUAAGGAAAUUAACCUAUCACAAAUGCAGUUUUACUUUCCCCUUAUUACUAAUUCAAAUUCGCGCAGAAAAACCGGCUUUUUUUCCUCUUUCGUGCCACAAACCUCACAGCUUUCGGGCGUUUUACAAAGUCAGACGCUACUGACAAGUUUUUACUCGCUGCAAUUGCUAUUCAAAUCUAAAUUUUAACUGAUCUUGACUUAAAGGGUGCUGUAACGACAAAAUAUUCCCCGUUGUAACUGAGGAUAACGUACAAAGGGGUAAAACGACAGCAAGAUGACGGCGAUCACAAUAAUAACGGGAAAUGAAACACAGACGAAAACGUUUGAAGGAUCAGAAUGCUCCUUGGUUUGGGUAGGUGAGUUUAAACAACAGUCCGUUUCACUCUCAGCAGUCAACAUUCUCCUCUCCAUCACAGCAACUCUUGGGAAUUCGCUCAUCCUCGCUGCCCUUCACAAGGAAUAUUCUCUCCAUUCGCCAUCGAAACUCUUGUAUCGUUGUCUGGCAACAACUGAUCUGUUGAUUGGUCUUGUUACCCAGCCUCUCUAUGCUACUUAUUGGAUGUCCUUGGUUCACGAACACUGGAGUCUUUGUCGAUACUCAAAUUAUGCAACCGGCGUAACAGGCUAUGUGUUAUGUUUAGUUUCAUUGUUGACGCUGACGGCCAUAAGCGUGGAUCGACUUCUCGCUCUGUUGUUGGGACUGAGAUACAAAGAGAUGGUAACUUUGAGGCGCACGUAUAUCAUCUUAGCUAUCUUUUGGGUUGUAUCUCUAUUCGUUGGUUUAUUCUUACUUCUCAAUAAUCAUAUAACCCUUUGGUGCGGCUUUAUAAUUACAUUAUCUUGCCUAAUUACUUCCAUUGCCUCAUACAGAAAGAUUUUCCGCGCUCUCAGUCUUCAUCAGGCUCAAAUACAAGAUCACGCUCAACAACAGCCACGCCAACCAAAUGCAUUGAACAUGGCGCGAUACAAAAAGGCAGUGUUCAGUGCACUAUGGGUGCAGUUAGCUUUAGUUGUCUGUUAUGUACCACACACUGCAGUGAAAAUUGUGAGCUUUCUUAAUACAAAGCGAUUUCCGAAUUUCAUCAUCAUCCAGGGAAUGGUAAUUGUCUUAGUGUUAUUUAACUCUACUUUAAAUCCGUUCCUUUACUACUGGAAGAUACGUGAAGUGAGACGAGCAGUAAAGCAGACAAUCAGACAAGUAAUCUGCUAUGCAUAA